GCCAACAGCAACUACACACGCAGAGCUGAACGCGUACUUUUGCUUUUUUUGAUUUAAUUUCACAUUUUUUAAAAUUUAAAACUAGCAACAUCAACUUCUCUGCAGUCGCUAACAGAACAGAUGAUUUCCUGCCGCAGCUGAGGGCAGGCGGUAAUUUAUUUUCAAAGUUGGAUUACAGCGGAGCCGCUUGAGCUGAGAGGAAAUAUUGUGUCUGCCAGAUGUUGCUCAGAAGAUGAGCAGCAGUGAAGGACAAAUCAGCGGAGCCCCGUGCUGUCAACGGUAGUGUGGCGAGUGUAGAUAAGCCCCCUUAUGAGGUGAAAACCCUUCCUCGUCCUGCAGUAUCCCCUCCCAGCACCAACAGCAGGAAUAAGGGAUGUCCCGGCUGUUCCUCCUUUUGGCAACGCUCAUUGUCUCCAGCAGCAUCCAGAUGUCUCCUGCUGCUACCCUGGAUAAGCUGAAGGAGAGUUGGAAAAAGUACAUGACGGACUGUAACAACAACAACAGUCAAGACCCACCGAGCACCGGCCUUGUGUGCAACAGGACUUUUGACAAUUAUGUCUGUUGGCCUGAUGGACUCCCCAACACAACUGUCAGUGUGCCAUGUCCGUGGUAUCUGCCGUGGCACCAUAAAGUUCAGCAUGGCAUGGUGUAUCAGGAAUGUAAUGCAAGCGGCCAGUGGGUGACCACGAACAAUACCACCGAGUGUGACUCUAAUGAUACAAGUCAGCAGUACUAUGGGCACAUUCGGAUCAUGUACACAGUGGGAUAUUCCUUAUCACUUGUGGCUUUGGUGUUGGCACUUGGCAUCCUCAUAUUCUUCAGGAAACUACACUGCAUGAGGAACAACAUCCAUAUGAAUCUGUUUGCCUCCUUUAUCCUGCGAGCGCUGUCUAUCCUCAUCAAAGACGCUCUGUUGGAUGCCAACAUGAUGUCACAGGACCUCAGCAGAGACCAGGAGCAGGGAUUCACACGGACAUCUAUGCCUCCAGUGGAGAUGCUGGUCAACAGUGAGACAAUGGUUAGCUGUCGCAUCGCCGUGGUGAUGAUGCAGUACAGCAUUAUGGCCAACAGCUACUGGCUGCUGGUGGAAGGCAUCUACCUCCACAACCUCCUGGUCAUCACUGUGUUUACAGAGAGGAACUAUUUCAAAAUCUACCUUUGCAUUGGCUGGGGUACCCCGUUAAUAUUUGUCGUGCCCUGGGUGAUAUCUAAAUACCUUUAUGAAAAUCAAGAGUGCUGGGAGCAAAAUAUAAACAUGAAUUACUGGUGGAUCAUCCGUUCUCCAAUACUGCUGGCAGUUGUGAUCAACUUUCUUAUCUUUAUCCAUAUAAUUAAAAUUCUCGUGUCAAAACUGCGAGCGCACCAAAUGAGAUACACAGAUUACAAGUUCAGGUUGGCUAAGUCCACUCUAACCCUGAUCCCGCUGCUGGGUAUCCAUCAGGUGGUCUUUAUUUUUGUGACAGAUGAGUCCACCGAGACCACAAUCGGUUUGCGUCUCACCAAGCUUUUCAUCGACCUCUUCUUCUCCUCUUUCCAGGGUCUCCUUGUGGCCAUCUUGUACUGCUUUGUCAACAAAGAAGUGCAGUCCGAGGUCCUGAAGAAUUGGAAACGCUGGAAGCUAGGGAGGAACAUCGAGGAGGAAUACCGCCAUACCUACAGCAAUACCCCCAAUUCAAAGACCGGCAGCCUGUUGAACCACGUCUCUCGGCCGCCUCAUCUACCAGACAUCGCCAAAACCUCUGCCCCGAUCUGCAGCCCUGAGGAGAGGCACAUGCUUGUAGCUGGCUGCCACAAUGGUGUGAUCCACAGUAAAGGGGCAGGCCAGUGUGCGUCCCCGCUGCACGAGGGGACCAUCAGUAACUGCACCCUAGUGGAGGACAUCAGCCUUUCGGACAAGGGGCAGUGUUACGAGGUUCAGAGAGAGAAUGUGGAGAGCCACCUUUGAAAGGCACUAAGAGCAAGAACUCUGUGAAGAAAGAUGGAGGGCCUUCCGCUCUCAUCUGGCUCUGACAUCCUGCACUGGGUGGCUGUGAAGAGCUGGGCUGAUAGAGUCAUCUGUCAUAGUGGUCUUCGCCCAGAGAUCAGUGUCACUGGGAGACCGAGCGGCACUCAGCCCUCUCCACAGCCUGAGAACGGAGAACAAUACGGCAGACAUCCACGCUGAAAUUUCUAAUGUGCUGCAAGCCUCAUGAAUGGAUUUCUGUAGAUGUUUGCCAGACAGUGAAAGAAACUGCUGCAUGUUGAACGAUGUAACAACAGCAUCUCAAGGCAGAUAAGCCGUGUAAAAUAAUAGGACAACCAGAUAAAAAAAACAAACAAACCCUGAAACCUCAAAAAGCAACAACUGAAACAAAACAAAACAACAACAACAACAACAAAAAAGACACAGAGUCCUUGCUUAAGCCUCUGCUUUAAUUUGUGUUGAGUAUCAAAUGUGUGUUUUGUGGUACUGGAGGUUAAAGACAAACUGGACAUUGGACUGCAUACACAAAAGAGACCAAAUAAGAGACACAAAACAAGCUGGUAGGGAACACAGGGGUCUUUUUUUGCUUUGCUCUGAUAUCUGUAAGGUUUUUCUUGUCUAUAUUGAUUUUGAUGAAACAUGUACAGAAGAAGCAUUCUGUUGACUGUACCUCAUACAGUAAAGUGACAACAGUGUUGUUCAAGUGGCCCCAUCCAGGGCUCAUGGGAAAUUGGCAGCUGCUCUCACCAGGUCAUUCCUGGCUUACAUAUAGACAUUAAAAGAGGUCAAGAGAUGGUAUCGGAUGAAUUAUAAAUAAGCUAAAAAUGAUCAUCGCUUGACUUACUUUGGUGUUUUCCGAUAAAAGUAAAUAUUUUUAUAUAGGUCUCAACCUUAUUGCUGAGUUCAGUACGACAGCUGUAACUGUGUAAAUGUGCCAGGUGUGUUUUAAAGGGGAAUAGUUGCAAUUCUGUGCCAUUAAAUACAGUAUGUUUUCUGUUUCCCUUUGCCAUCGAAAUGUUGUGCGACUCACACGUCUUCUGUGUAGUAUAUGAACUUCUACGCAGCUCGCUCUACCCCCGAGAUGAAAGCUAAUACGGGAAACCGCGCACUCAAAUCAAGGAUGAAAAUAUACUGUAGACUUGACCUGCAAAGUCGCACAUGCAUAAAGUAUGAAUCCAACACUGUGACUCAAAAUAACAUGUCACCUCUGGCACAAGGGUGUUUUUGCUAUGUUAAAUAUAGGCUGUCAUGCAUGCAGAUUGCACAGAUUUAGUGAGCUUACGUUGUGUGAAUCAUUCGGCGGUGAUGCGUGCCGCACAGUGCCAUUACAUCAGUGCAUAAAGUCAGACAGACUGUGCUAAUGACUGCAUGCGCCCAGUUACUCUCCAGUAUUUAAUAUUCAGCCUGAUUCUGUCCGCAGGGGCUGUGGACAUAUAGAACAAAAUUCUGCACCCUAAAAAUAGAACAAAAUCUCUCUAGUAAGCAUUGUAGUGACAAAGAAACUUAAAUUAGCAGUGGUACAUUUGCUUCUGAAUACAUUGCCUCCUGCAGAGCAUUGAUUCAUCUUUGAGUUUCUAAGCCAGAACUAACUCAACUUGACUUUGUAUGUAUGACUAUUUGCACAAUGUUAAUUUAUAAUUGGUAAAUACUAUGUGUGUAUAUAUGUGUUUAUACAGGUGAUUUAUUUGAUUGCUGUCAAUAUAUUUCAUGGAAUGGAUGUCUGUAUGUGUGCGUGUGUGUGUGUGUGCACAAGCAUAUUUUUAAGUUGGUAUGAAUGUGUGCAGUUUCAGUAUUCCAGAUGUGUUACAGUUGGAUGAAUCACUGGCUGCAGCCAGAGGAGCAAUGGGUUGAUAUAAACCAGCGCAAGCGGCUUCACACAGAGCGCAGAGGUCAGAGGUCGUCCCUUCCUAGCAUAUACAGUCUCACACCACAGGACAUUCUCAGAAGUCAUGCCCAUAUAAAGGCAUGAGAAGGACACGGAAGCUGUGUGAUUCUUCCAUGUCAUUUUGUCGCUCAGAGCUAGGUUAGAGCACAACAGCGGCAUGUUUGUCAUUCAGAUAAUAGCUCUGUGCAUUUACACUUCAGCUAGGUGUUGAGGCAAAUUUUUCAUCAACAUCUGCUGAGGAUUGUAAUAGAGCAGGUAGAUAUCCAAUACUCAGAAUUGAGCUUGGAGUAUGAUUCACACACUGGUGCUGCUGUUGCUCAGAGGUGAAUUUGCAGUGUUUUUCUUCUUUUGCAGAGCAGGAGAAGUGUUUGGAUACUGACAUGGUAAUAAAGGAUUGUUGUGCACCAUGAGUAAAAUAGGAUACAGUAGAUUAUAUAAGUAUGGUCAAAGUAUAUUGCUAAUUUUAUUUCAGACUAAUACAUGUAUUUUAAGCUGUGACCAUAACCAUGUAUGUUUUUGAAGCCAGCAGCUUGGGUCACUCCCCUUUUUGGACCAAAGUGGUUCUGUUUGAAUGUAUUCUUUUAAAGAUCCAAAUCAGUAUGUUCCAUUUUAUUUUCUCUUAAAGUUGGUUUUGUACAGUAUAUUUGGUGUGAGGAACCAAUCAGUAGAAAACUGACUGUGUUCAGGUGUAUACAGUUCAUAACAUAUUGUGUCCGCUUAGCAAACUUUGUCCAAAUGGUGAAAGAAUAAAUAACAAUGUAUGUGA